CGCGCGCUGCUCCUCCCCGCCUGCGGCUGCGCCCAGCCAGCCCAGCUGCCGCGGCCAUGACCGACAACAUCCCCUUACAGCCGGUGAGGCAGAAGAAGCGCAUGGACAACAAGCACCGCGGCGGGUGUUGCGAGUGUCUAAGAUGUUGCGGAAGAAGAGACCCAAGGCCUCGGACGGUUUGGCUUGGCCAUCCGGAAAAGAGAGACCAGAGAUACCCACGCAAUGUCAUCAACAACCAGAAAUACAACUUCUUUACUUUUCUACCAGGGGUGCUGUUCAACCAGUUCAAGUACUUCUUCAAUCUCUACUUCUUGUUUCUGGCCUGUUCUCAAUUUGUUCCUGAAAUGAGGCUCGGUGCUCUUUACACAUAUUGGGUUCCACUGGGUUUUGUGCUCGCCGUUACCAUCAUCCGUGAGGCUGUGGAAGAGAUCCGAUGCUACAUGCGUGACAAGGAAGUGAACUCCCAGAUCUACAGCAAGCUCACAGCGAGAGGGACAGUCAAGGUGAAAAGUUCUAAUAUUCAAGUGGGGGACCUUAUCAUUGUGGAAAAGAACCAACGGGUCCCAGCCGACAUGAUCUUUCUGAGGACGUCAGAAAAGAACGGGUCGUGCUUUCUCCGUACGGAUCAGCUGGAUGGUGAAACAGACUGGAAGUUGCGCCUGCCUGUCAGCUGCACUCAGAGGUUACCCACUGCUUCGGACCUCCUUCAGAUCCGGUCGUAUGUGUAUGCAGAGGAGCCCAACAUUGACAUCCACAACUUCGUUGGGACGUUUACAAGAGAGGACAGCGACCCUCCUGUGAACGAGAGCUUAAGCAUUGAAAAUACUCUGUGGGCCAGCACAGUGAUUGCUUCAGGAACGGUUGUGGGAGUUGUUCUGUACACAGGUCGUGAGCUGCGCAGUGUCAUGAACACGUCAAAUCCACGGAAUAAGAUUGGCCUCUUUGACCUGGAAGUGAACUGCCUCACCAAGAUUCUCUUUGGGGCCCUGGUGGUGGUCUCUCUUGUCAUGGUCGCUCUUCAACACUUUGCUGGCCGCUGGUACCUUCAGAUCAUCAGAUUUCUUCUUCUUUUCUCAAAUAUAAUUCCUAUUAGUUUACGUGUGAAUCUCGACAUGGGGAAAAUUGUCUACAGCUGGAUGAUCCGGAGGGAUUCUAAAAUCCCUGGCACUGUGGUUCGAUCCAGCACAAUCCCAGAGCAACUAGGAAGAAUAUCCUAUUUACUUACAGAUAAAACAGGAACCCUAACUCAGAAUGAGAUGGUUUUCAAACGCCUUCAUCUCGGAACAGUGGCUUAUGGAUUAGACUCCAUGGACGAAGUUCAGAGCCAUAUAUUUAGCAUAUAUACUCAGCAACCUCAGGAGCCCCCGGCUUUAAAAGGCCCCACCCUUGCUACCAAGGUACGGAAAACCCUGAGCAGCCGUGUCCACGAAGCGGUGAAAGCGAUUGCCCUCUGCCACAAUGUAACUCCUGUCUACGAAUCAAAUGGUGUGACAGAUCAGGCUGAAGCCGAGAGGCACUACGAAGAUUCUUGCAGGGUGUACCAAGCUGCUAGUCCUGAUGAGGUGGCCCUGGUACAGUGGACGGAAAGCGUUGGCUUAACACUGGUUGGCAGAGAUCAGUCUUCUGUGCAGCUGAGGACCCCUGGCGGCCACAUCUUAAACUACACCAUCCUCCAGAUCUUCCCUUUCACCUACGAAAGCAAACGGAUGGGGAUCAUUGUUCGGGAUGAAUCUACAGGGGAAAUCACAUUCUACAUGAAAGGGGCUGAUGUGGUGAUGGCUGGCAUUGUUCAGUACAAUGACUGGCUAGAGGAAGAGUGUGGUAACAUGGCAAGGGAAGGGCUGAGGGUCCUUGUAGUAGCAAAGAAAUCCCUGACUGAGGAACAGUAUCAAGACUUCGAGGCACGCUACGUCCAAGCCAAGCUGAGCGUCCACGACCGGUCCUUGAAGGUAGCGACUGUGAUCGAGAGCCUGGAGAUGGAGAUGGAGCUGCUAUGUCUAACUGGAGUGGAGGAUCAACUGCAGGCGGAUGUCAGGCCAACACUGGAAACUCUGAGAAAUGCCGGCAUGAAGGUAUGGAUGCUCACAGGGGAUAAAUUGGAAACAGCCACAUGUACAGCUAAGAAUGCACAUCUGGUCACCAGGACCCAGGACAUUCAUAUAUUUAGACUGGUGACCAACCGUGGGGAAGCUCACUUGGAGCUGAAUGCCUUCCGCCGCAAGCAUGACUGCGCCCUUGUGAUUUCUGGUGAUUCCCUGGAGGUGUGCCUGAAAUACUACGAGUAUGAAUUUAUGGAAUUGGCUUGUCAGUGUCCAGCUGUGGUCUGCUGCAGAUGCGCCCCGACGCAGAAGGCACAGAUUGUACGCUUGCUGCAGGAGAGAACUGGGAAGCUGACCUGUGCAGUAGGUGAUGGAGGGAAUGAUGUCAGUAUGAUUCAGGAGGCAGACUGUGGAGUUGGGGUUGAAGGAAAGGAAGGAAAGCAAGCUUCCCUCGCGGCAGACUUCUCCAUCACUCAGUUUAAGCACCUGGGCCGGUUACUGAUGGUGCAUGGACGGAACAGCUACAAAAGAUCUGCAGCUCUCAGCCAGUUUGUGAUCCACAGAAGCUUGUGCAUCAGUACAAUGCAGGCUGUGUUCUCUUCGGUGUUCUAUUUCGCUUCGGUUCCUCUCUACCAGGGCUUCCUCAUUAUUGGGUAUUCUACACUCUAUACCAUGUUUCCAGUGUUCUCUCUAGUACUGGACAAAGAUGUCAAAUCAGAAGUUGCCAUGCUGUAUCCAGAACUUUACAAAGAUCUUCUAAAGGGAAGGCCAUUAUCGUACAAGACAUUUUUAAUAUGGGUUUUGAUAAGUAUCUACCAAGGCAGCAUCAUUAUGUAUGGCGCGCUCCUGCUAUUUGAAUCUGAAUUCGUCCACAUUGUGGCGAUUUCCUUCACAUCCUUGAUCCUCACUGAGCUGCUGAUGGUGGCGUUGACAAUCCAGACAUGGCAUUGGCUCAUGAUAGUGGCAGAACUACUCAGCCUUUCCUGCUACAUCGCCUCUCUGGUCUUCUUACAUGAAUUCAUUGAUGUUUACUUCAUUGCAACUUUAUCGUUCUUGUGGAAGGUGACAGUCAUCACUCUGGUCAGCUGCCUUCCUCUCUAUGUCCUGAAAUACCUGCGGCGAAGAUUUUCACCCCCAAACUAUUCGAAACUCACAUCGUAGGUGGUUCUACCAACGGAGCAGAGACUUUUUUUUUCUUUUUUGCACAACCCUCACAGACAAAAUAAAUAUGUAUUCAUCAUAGUAACAGCUACGUUCGAUGGUUGCAUAUGGAUCGUGCGUUGGCUGGAGAAUGUUGCUGAAAGACAGUAUAACUCGCAGUUAAGCGGAAACAUCGCAGUCAAGUAAGCAAGGAGAGCUUACGUAGAUGAUCCAGUUUUGUCACUUUAUAUUUAUUAAACUGAAAGCAAAUGCAUGUAACUGAAAAGAAAAGCUGUCUUCCGGUGGGCAGUCGGCUUAUCUGGAAACCGCUAAGCAAGCUAUCGAUGUGACAAAUUUUUCAGAUGAUUUCCCCCUCUUUUUUAAUUUCUUCAUGUUGUUUUAUAUUACUAUUUAUCCUUUUAGUUCAGGUCCUAGUUGUAAGCAUUUUGUAUGUUUUGGGAAGUACUACCAAAUGGGUGACACAACAUGCUGUUGUUAACAGGCAACAGCUAGAGGGUGGUGCCAGGCUGAUCUCUUUUGAUGUGUUCCAAUGCAAACCAGAGUUGCCAUUUUCAACUAGUUAAGGUUUUUCUUUAAUCCCCCUUUUUAAAAAAAACAUAAGAAAGAAAGAAAAAAAACCACAGUAAGUCUUCCCUGCUGUGAUAUUGCCCAAUUACUUUUAAAGGGAAAUCUGUUUCAUUUGAUGCUGGUCUUGUCUUGGGAGACGAACUUUGUGGCAUUCCAACUGGCUGCACAAUAUAACCUGGGGGCUGCCUUGAUGGCGCCGGGUUGCCCCUGCUGAUUUUUUAAAAAAACCUCAUGCUUCUACUUCUGCCGGGUGGCAUUACGUAAUUCUGACCCAGGAGGCAGUGCGGGCUUUUCAGCAACCAUUCAGCUCACCGGGCCCGCCCCCUCCGGCAACCAACGAGAGGUUGCCUUCCGCCUGGCAAUGUCCCCAGCGUGGCGCCAGAAUGAGAGCAGAUGGUGGAAGAGCCAUGCUGACCUCUCUCUGGCAGGAAAAGUUGUGGUGAGUCCCUUUUUCUGCUGCACAUCUUCGUCUCUUUUGCCCAGCAGUGGCCAUAAGUCGGCGGUUGCGUCAUCUAAACGACGCAGCGCCAAUUCGCAGCUACCAUGGGGCAAGCAUGACGUUUAGACAGCUACCUGAUUCCUUAAAGGUGGAGUGUCCCAUUCAAAGGCAAACAUGGGCUUCCCAAUCCACGUUCACCUAAUUAAUGCUAAUGUGAGACCAGGAGGCCAUUUUCUGGUGAGAAUCAGAGCAUGGGAUGCUUAGCGCUUACCUUGUAAUCCCCCCUUCCUUCCAACCAAUUCCCCCAGUUUCCCCUUAGCUGAAUCUGAAACUGAAAAAUAAUCCUGGAUACAAAGAUAAAGGCCAUGGGGAAGGGGUUACAAGGGAGAAUUAGCAGGUAGGGGAAGAGUUAAGUACCCCUCUAGUUGCCUACUAAUCCUCCCCUGCAAAUACUCCAUCCCACAUUACUUGUUAACAUUACUGCAUUUCUUGGGGGGUAAUAUAUAUUCUGUCAUGAAAGAUGGGUUGCAUUAUAUUCAUCCAAUAUAUCUGACCAGCAUACUAAAUUUCUGGCACUCACUAUUGCUGUUUUUGCUGGUUCCAGAGGCUGCCGGCUAUCAGCAUACACGCACAUUAUCAAAUGUCAGCCUGAGAACUAAGACUGGGAAGAUACGACACCAGGGAGUGCCCAAUAUAUGGGGCAGGAGACUGCCCCAAAUGGCAGAUCAGAGAGUGGGGUUUGGCUGGCUGACAAUAUAAAUAACACUGCCAUAUUACAGAGCAACCUAUUUUAACUUUCAUCAACAUUUUGGAAGGAAAUCUGCUGCUAAUUGUCCCUUUUGAAAGUAUCUGAAAUGUUAUUCCACAGAAACAUAACAGAUGUAUUAUGAAUCAUUAGACUUGAAAGGGAAAGGUCAUGGGAUUCAUGCUAUUUACUGUAAAACUUUUUUUUAAUGUUUCCUGUUAGACCUAAGCUGCAACUUCCUAUAUAUCAUUGGAUUGUACCACUUUAUACUGCAGAUGGGGAAACACUUCUUUGAAUGUUCUUCUCAUGUUUUGUUUCAUUUUUUAAAAAACUUUCUGCACAUGGAAAAGUAUGUCAUGGAGAAGGCUACAUGGAAAUCCUUUCCCCUAGCAUGCUAGCUUUCCAUAAGCAGAGCUCAUGUGCAUCAGCUUUCAGAUAUGCUAUCCUGCACAUGCAGUGGUAAAGUUUUGGAAGGACUGUACCAUGUGAUGAUUUUGAAUGUGUAGUUGUGUUCUCAGUCUGGAUGAGUGAAGGAGGAGUUGGAAAUAAAAUCAGAUAUGCAUAUUUCCCACUUAUCCCAAGUCAUAGUAUAAUACAGGAUUUGCCUUGCUGAGAGCAGAAACUUGCAAGAGUAACUCCAGAAUGCAGGAGAAUGAAGGACCACUCAACACAGCAGAUGACUGGCUGAUCUUUCAAAGGAAAGGGACAUUUCCACCACUGCAUUUCGUGAGAUCUUGUGAUAUCAUUGAUCCACAAUGUUGACCCUGCUAGCUACAAGGUGUACUGUGGAAGACUUUUUAAAAAGGUGAAUGUGUCUACCAUAGCAAGAGUAUUCUUUAAAGUGAAUCACUUGGGAAGACGAACACAGGGAUGGGAAAUUCCUGGUACAAUUACUUGAUCUAAGAUAGGUGAGGCUGCAGCAGAUGUUGAUGCUCCGUUUUGUACAGUCAAAGGGAUUCCUGGCACAUGUUAGCCACUGAAGCAGAAAGGAAAGCUUGCUUAUUGAUAAAUAUUUCCUUGAAAAAACAAAGGACCAGCAGUGGCUCAGCACCGCCAGGAAGUUCUUUUCCCAAAGAAGCUCAAAGAGUACAGCAUCACUCUUGCUUGCAAAGAACUUUGGUUUCAAGGCAUAAAAUUCUACCGCCUGCAAAGCACUGAUCAUGUUAGUGGUUUUUAGGAGCUCAAGGAAAAAGGGGAACACCUUCGUUGCUACGUCUUCUCUUCCUUUUCCCAUCAGUGGCCCAUUACUCUAUAAAAGGGGAAAGCAUCGCAUUCCCCCCCCCCCAACUGAAGGACAUUUUGAGUGGACUCCGGAAAAUGGAAUUUAGAUGGCAUGUAAAAGAGAAAUGUAUCUGCCAGGUAGGAGAUAAUACAUUCAGCUCAUUUCUGUCCUAUAUUCAGAGUUGUAUAGGUCGAGAUCUUAUGAAUAUUGUAGACGCCAAACAAAAGCACAUUGAAACACUGAGCCAAUCAAAUUAGUGGGAGUUUAACACACACUAAGGCAUUUAAUGGCCGGGGAAGGCAACGGCAAACCACCCCGCUAUAAGGCCUGCCAAGAAAAUGCCAGCAAAAGGUGGCAUCCCUCCAAGAAUCAGUAAUGACUUGGUGCUUGCACGAGAGGUUCCUUUCCUUUCCUAAGGCAUUUAAGUCCACUUGAAAUCCAUCUCAGUAGGAUUUAAGGAUGCCUAACUUUGGACUGUAACCACUGUUUUUUCUUAAUUUU